GGAAAGCCCGGUGCGCGAACACAGAUAUCGUAAAAUAACCUCCAGCGUCUUUGGAGUGGGUAACAAAAUCGUGGAAAUAUGGCAGAAGCAACAGAAGAGAAAAAGGCAGUGGAUGCAGACGUUAAAAGGGUUCACACUUAUCCUUUGAUUCGUCAUUCUGACAUGAAUGAUGAAAUGAAAACUGAAACCAUGGAGUUAUGUGUGACAGCAUGUGAAAAAUUUGCCUCAAACAAUGAAGCUGCAGCCAAAAUGAUUAAGGACACAAUGGACAAGAAGUUUGGAGCCUCAUGGCAUGCUGUGGUUGGAGAAGGCUUUGGAUUUGAGAUAACACAUGAAGUUAAAAACUUACUGUACAUGUUCUUUGGGGGUACAUCAGCUAUUAUAGUGUGGAAAUGUUCCUAGCUAAGUGAGACUGCUGCAAGGUUGUACUGUGACAUGUAUGGUGGGUCUGGUGGGAACCUGGCCUGACAACACUGGCUGUGAUUAAUGCCAGACGAACUCUGGAAAUGCAAAGUGAACAAUUGCUUUAAUACCAAAUGCAAUAUGCCCAAUAUAUUUUAGAAGUUUCAAAGCCUUCAUCUAAUGUGUUUGUAUAAUAACUUCAUAUUGGACAGCAUUCUUAACAAGGUUCAAGCUAUGCCGAAGUGAUAUACUGUUCUUAAUUCUUGUUGAACUGUUUUGUUCAGAAAUAAAUUUAUCAUUGUUUUUAUUGUGGAAUAAACAUUCAUGAAUUCUU